UCGCGUCAAACACGUGCUUGCUCGCGUUCAGCUAGACCGCCACCACUACCGAUGGCUAGAAACGCGAAGAAAGUUCAGGCUGCUGGAACGCCUAUAACUCGAUAUUUUACUCGGAAACAAACGCAAUCAAGUAGCGUCAAUUCUGAUACCCCAAUGCAAACCUCACCCCAUCCUUCUCCAUCUUCAGAGCGACUCAAUUGCGAGUCGCCCUCGACGUCUUCUCAUGCAUCCAGCAAGAAAAGGAAAGCAGUUGGUCUUUCGGACCUUGACGUUGAUAAUUCAGAAAGCUCCCAACGCGUCAAUAGAUCCACGUCGACGCGCGCUGCUCCUCUGACGCCUCUUUCCCCUAGAGAGAAUCUGCUUCACCAUCCUACCUCUGUACGCUUCAGGAAUCUAAAGAAACAGAGGCUCUCAUUGCCGGAUGCCGUUGCUGGCGAUGAGAUAGUUCCUGGGAGCGAGUCUGACGAAGUGGAAAUUCCCGCACGGAAGACAUCAAGUGCUCAGGUCAAUACCGCGUUGGAUGAGCCCACGGAGACCGAACAGGAUUUUGAAGAUGAAGAUGUUGUAUCUAUGGAUAUCGAUAAUCAUUCUCCUCUCUUCACACCCCAGUCGACAUCUUACAGUCUUUUCGGCACUGAACCAGACACACCUUAUUCAUUCGGUUCUCCUUCUAUGCAACCUCUUACUCCUCCAUCGAGCAGCCCAGCACCCGAACGAAUGGCAUCAACUCUAGACUCUGAAGCCAAGACUCGCCAAUUAAUUGAAGAAAUUCGGGCCAAGGCGCGAGCAAAAGUGAUGUCCAGUCCUGAGCCCAUCGCGGAAUUGCCUAGCCCGAGUGAUUCAGGGGAGGAUGAUGACUUUCCUGAUCUGCCUGUACUCGUUGGUAGCAAUAAAGGCAAAGAGAAGGCAAAGGAAAUUCCAGAGUUGCCUUUUUCCAAGUCGAAUCCGACGGUUGCUGGGUCUAGCAAAUACAACCUGAGGCAACUUGCCAGGAAACCUGUUACCAAAGAAGUGGUCCCUUUCAAGGAAUUCAAGCGAUCAAAAAUCAAACCCAUCAACCCCCUGCUUGCCCUCUUGAAAGAGAAGAGCAAAGCCGACAGCGCUGGCAAAGGUACCGAUGCCUUUACUAGUGCAGAACAUGCGGUGGCGGGUAAACGUGAACUACGAGACGAAAUGGAUGGAGAAGAAGAUGCGGACGAUGAAAUGGAGGAUUGGAUGGGGGAUGAGAAGAUGGCAUGGCAGGCAAUCCAGGAACAGGUUGAUCGCUACGGUUCGGAAGAUGAUCGUGGUGGAUAUAAUGUCGAUAUCGACCUGGAUGAGAACGACGCGGAAAGGCUGUUUUCUCAGGAUGCUGAACGGGGUAAAGCAGUCGCUGCAAUAUUAGCAUCCGACAAGAAAACUCGCGAAUUCGAUCAUCGCUUGGUGAAGCGUGUUGGUCAUCCUCUUUGGGUCGCAAAGGUUGAAGAUGCGAUGGAUGUGGACUCCCGUUCUGACUUCAAGAACGCCGACCGUACUCCCAUCCUCCAAUCAUUCAAAGCUGCACUGCAGGAGCAAGAUACAUCCUUCGCCUGCCUGUUAUUACAAAGUGGCGCCAUGAACAGGAUUGACCUCGCUGUCAAUGUUGACGUUAUGUCUUGUAUCUGUGAUCUUGCUCUUACACCUAGACAUACUGGCCUCAUGCAGGCUGCUUUUUACUUUGUUCGUACCUGUUGGAGUGAUACAUCGCCCUCGAAGCCAUUCUUUCCUUUUCAAUCUAUGGUGAAUAUCAUGGCGAGGCUGGGUGCUAACGUAGGGACGUUUGGUUGGAUGUCGAGCGUCUUGCCCAUUCAAGUCACGAAAGAUGAAAGAGAGAACUCCCUUAUGCGACUCAUCCAGCUUUGUACCUUGGCAGGAAGCUCGGGAAAGAUACAAUCCGGCGAUGCCCCGGAAGUCCUCGUGGCACUUUGUGCUAUCUCCCUCGAUCCGGCUACGUCAUCGGAACUGAGGACAGAUAUCCUGGUCGCGGCUCAUGCCAUUUGCUCUUCGUUAGUGGUUGGCCCUAUUGUUGCUAAUGAUUUGGAAUCCAAGAUAUGUUCAAGGUCGUUGAAAUUUAUUUCGACUCUGACGCCUAUAAACCGUGCGCAUGCUGUUUCGAUAUUUUCUGCAGGAGACGGUCGUACUCUGCGUAUCGCAAGAUGGCUCUCUCACUGUCUUCUUCUUGAGAGAACAACUGUGUCGGAGAGUGAGUAUUGCAACCUCCCUCAAUUGGAACCUCUGCUUCUGUGUCUGGCUCCUUCCGGAUCCACCUCCAACCUUUUCAAAAUCCAUCCAGAAACAGACUAUGGUGACCUUGGGUUCCACACGGAAAUAUUGUCGACUGCAUUAUCCGAUAUUCCGCGUUAUGUUGCAGAGGAACUUCUGGCUGCAGCUCAGGCAAAAGCCGCCCGUCUCGAAUCCCAAGUGAGCCCGAGCAAAAUCGAAAAGCCGACCCCUCCAAUACAACGUGCCAUGAACUGUGUCGAGUUACUCCAUUCCAAUAUCAUUGACACAAGAGGCGCUCAUUUGGAUCGUUCGAGAACAAAGGCCAUCCUGAAGAAUCUCUCCAUGAGACUAUAUUAUCAGCGUUCUGCUGCCCUCAAAAGUGGUGGUGCGAAACCAAAGAAUAUCAAACAAUAUUUCUCGAAAAGGGCUUGAGAUUGUCAUCCAUCUUGGAUACAACUAUACCCGCACCCCUAUACUUUACCUGACCGGUCGAGCCCUAUUUCCACUUUAAUAAAUGUGCUCUUGAUAUUCAACCUGACGUUGCUUACUACAUUUCUCCUUG